AAUGUGGAUUUCCUCAUAAUCGACACAAACUCAACGGGGCCUGAUUAUUUAUCCAACUUGAAUUCACCAUAGUACCAUAAGAACAAUAUUUCACUGCUUUCCUUUCUCCACCAGAGGCUCAAAUCUGCAGGUUUGUCAAUCCCCCAACCUGUUCGCUAUACAGUUGCCUUUAUGCUCGGUCACUUUUGGUGAUUAUUUGAGUUUGUCUCGUUGGGGUUCGAAACAAGUUUACAAGUAUCGUAUUUCCAUUUUUAAAAUUUUAGAUUAAGUAAAAUCAUCUUGAGGCAGGCAUUUCAUGCUUCCUCGGGGCUCCUUUGUAGUCCCUCCUACAGCGCGUAAAGGAUCCUGACGCGCUUUUACGCACUGCAUUCAGUUGGAUCAGUUUGUGGCGCAAGAGGAUGCUGGGCAUAUACUUAAGUAGGCUCUUCAUAUUGGCUUACCCUGUCCGAAAGGAUGACCACAGACGGCUGUGAUUCUAUGGAGGGCUCUCCAACCAUUAUUGAAGCGAUGCUGGGCUCCAACUUCUCCAAGUCAUUGCACGAAAGCAAUGUCACCAAAAAUUCCAGCUGUGGAUCUGUAUCCGUUGGUUUCCCUAUAGCUAUGAUGGUCACUGGCAUGGUGGGCAACACAUUAGCUAUCAUUCUGGUUUAUAUCUCUUACAGGAAAAAGGAGAAUAAAAGGAAAAAGUCUUUCUUGCUUUGCAUUGGAUCGUUGGCAUUAACUGACCUGUUUGGACAGCUUUUAACGAGUCCAAUAGUUAUUUCAGUUUACCGAGCCGAUCUGAAAUGGGGGCGCAUCGACCCUUCUGGACAUUUGUGCGCUUUUUUCGGUGUGUGUAUGACAACUUUCGGACUGUGCGCUCUCUUCUUGGCCAGCGCCAUGGCAAUUGAAAGGGCUAUGGCGAUAACGAACCCUCAUUGGUACUCCAAUAACAUGAAGACAAGUGUAACAAAGCAGACUCUGGCUGUCAUUUGGUGUCUUGUGCUUCUCUUUGCGCUGCUGCCCGUCGCAGGGGUCGGGAAAUACACGCGCCAGUGGCCGGGCACCUGGUGCUUCAUCAGCACAGGGGACCGAGAAGUACCGGGCAACAUGUUUUUCGCCAUCACUUUCGCUGUACUUGGGAUUUUCUCUCUCCUUGUGACACUUUCUUGUAAUGUGGUGACGAUCCGUGGCUUAAUUAUCCGGUGUAAAACUAAGUCUGGGACGUCUCAGUCUUCAAAACAGUGGGAACGGCUCACCACGGAGACAGUCAUUCAGCUGUUGGGGAUUAUGUGCGUCCUGCUCAUAUGCUGGUCUCCACUGCUGGUUCUUAUGCUGAGGAUGAUCUCCACCCAGGUAUCCUCCCACGAGUGCAAUUCAACAGCAGUGACCUCCAAUAACACCUCCGGCCGCGACAUCCACUUGGACUGCAACUUUUUCCUGACAGCCAUCCGCCUGGCUUCCCUUAACCAGAUCCUGGACCCGUGGGUGUAUCUGCUACUCAGAGAGAUCCUCCUACGCAAGUUCUGCCUGGUGGCUAGUGCAGUGUCUAACUGCUCCGUGGAGGAGCAUAAGGAAACCCCGACAGCUAUGGACGCUCUAAAUAAGCCAAACCAAGACAGAAAACCACAAAGUAGCUAAGGCAAUGUUAGACAGGAAGUACUUCAUUGUGGCCAAGUCCUGGCCAUAUUGGAUAUAUAUGUGAAAUGAAAAACAUCGGAUUGGAUAUGUUGCGUGAAAAAAAUAGAAGUUUGUUUUUUCCCUCACUUCAUCCGCCGAAAGACUUUGUGCAAUUGGAGAAUAGAGCAUGGACUGUUACACUGUUAAAGCAAAGCAGCAGAGUGUGCUCUGGGUGCUUUUGUUUUGCUUAAGCAUACAUAUUCCAUGUGGAUGCAUGACUGUGUCAUUCAGCCGCAGACUGGCUGCCAGAAACUCUCUCAUUACUAGUUUCACUUUUAAUCAUAUCACCAACGUGCAAGAACUGAAUAAGGGACACUCUCAACUUACUCAGUUUGAAAGUGGGGCAUCUGUUGCUCUCUGAAUUUGGAUUUCAAAUUAUUUGAAGCCAUAACACACCUGAAGGACACCUUUUUGUGAAUUUCUGUAAAUAAAGAAAUAAACUGUAUGUUGCUUACAUUAAGUUGUAAAUAUAUUUGACAGGAAAUGUUACGGAUGUGUUUUAAAAAGAUGGCUGGUCAUUUCAAAGGGACAUCCGAAAUCCUUAACUGGAGCCAGCCUUUGAUUGUAAGAUUAUUUAUUAGUGUAAAAAGUUAAUUUGAGGUAGUUGUUUCUGUGCUGAAUGCUGAUUGUGUACAAAUUAAACUAAACUAUACAUAUAACAUCAGCUAGCAGAAAAGACUGUGAGAUGUGAAGCUUUAAUUUCAGCAUUUCUUAGUGUUCAGAAUAACUUCAAUUCUGUACAUAAUGUGAAAGUGUUUACGGGAAAAGGAAAACGAUUUUUGAGGUUUAAAAUGACGAGAUCACAGAUGUCGGAGUGGUCUGAUACUGAAGUGUCAGAGCUCUAGCCAUCAUUGUCUAAGAAUCAUUGAGCAACCCUUGCUUGUUAUUGCUGAAAUGUAUUCUUGUUCUGUAAGUUUACAGUGUUAUGACAAGUGUAUCAAACUUCACCAGCCAAGAGUCUUCUGGAGAAAACUGAUAUUUGUAGACUCUUUAGUUCACUGGAAUAAAUGAGAGCAGAGAGAAAGUAGUGUGCUGUACAAGUGCAAGGCUGAUGAGCAAAAAAUAAAAUGGAUUGAAGAAAAUCAAAUCCAAACAGCCUAAAAUACAGACGACAAAAAAGUAAAAGAUCAGAAAGCUUUUUUGGCACUGACGCUGCUUGUGUGACUGCUGCAAACAAUGUGUCUGUACAAGCUCGUUCACAAGUGUUGGGUGUUUUACAGCCACAUAAAUUAAAUCUUUUAUUUUUUUGAUAAUUGCCUCAGACAUGUACGUCUUUGUAUUUCAUCCUUUGACCAGUCAAAUCAUAUCCCUGAAGCCUCAGUACUACCUCUUAAUAGAGGUAAAUAUUAACACACAUUUAAUGUGUACAGCUUCUCAGAGGUCUCAGAUGAAAGUCCUUUUUAAUGAAGGGGUUUACUUUAGCCCCAAAUGACCAGAUAUCAUAGUACUGCCAUAUACAACUGCAAUUCAUCCCUUUUACAGUGAUAUGUGUUUUUUUUUUUUUAAUCCUUUCCUAUGAGGCAAUAUCUCGUUCUUGGACAUACUUUAAACACGUUUGAACUGUAUCAGUCAAAGACAUGUCAAGGAUGGUCAAAUUAGCUCUAAAUGGCAGGACAAUUUGUCACACAAACACAAAUCUGCCUUCUCAGCACUUCAGCCAACAAGAUUAGACUUCUAUACCCUCUGCCUUUGUCCAGUUAUGCCUUUGCCUUUCUAAUGUGAGAAUGCAAACAUGCUUGAUGAUGAUUAACAGGAAAUUGUUACGCGCAAAGGCCCUUGGAAAGAUGAACGUUUCCUGUUUUCAUGCUAUUCUUGAAUUGAUUGUGACGCUAUUUCUGCCUUUGAAGCCAACUUUAAUGAUUAAACCUUAAGCUUAAAUACGUCAGUGGAAACAACAUUGUGAAAAGAAAGGAAACAAAACAUAAGCUUGAAUCUCUUGCAGCCAUUAAUUUGCCAUUACAAGUGAUCAUUUUGUAUUACCAGCUAUACAUCUGAAAUGAUGUAUACAUACUUGCUUCUUAUUAACAUACACACUGGAGCCUAAUGUAUCCCUCAACUAUCAAGUUCCUUAAUGUCAUAAGCACUGACAAAUAAUGAGUUUAAUGAAUGCAUCCCUGAUUAAGCCUGUGACUGUGCAUAACGAGAUGUUAUUCCAUGCACAUUAUCACCUUGUGCCACAGUUAAUACACAAUUGAACAGAAACAUCUUGGGUUUAAUCCAUGCAUUUAAAAAAAAAGAUUACAUCCAUUUGCAAGUUUCAGUAUGGUUGUAGGGAGCAUAUGAAGCAGUCAGCCUCCACUUGAAUGUGUGACAUGUAAUUAUCUCAGCUUUCUGUCCACGAGACUUUGAUGCUUCCUGCUCUUCAGUCAAGAAGUAAUUACACAAGCGACUCCCCCCUUACUCCUACAGGCUCUACAUGCAAUUGUGAAUAAUCUCGGGUGCUAUAUCACACACAACCACCACUCUGUGUAGGACACUGGCAGAAUAAUAUGUCGGUCUUUGCGAAUAGAAAAUUUGAUACAUUUCCACCCUCAUUAAUGGAGCCAGUAAAAGCCUACACAAUGUUAAAACUGGGAGUGCUUCCCCCGAUUCUGCAGUAAUGAUAUAUGAAUGUCCAUCAGAACCAGGGGAGCUACACAGUAAUAUGAUACGAUAGUAUGUGCAAACUCCAGUUUAUUGAUCCACAAGGUGCAAUCUUCAAAGGCACAAUUAUGGCGUUAAUGUUGGCUUCAUUAAAAGGUGUGUCACAAUUGAAUUUGCCCUCUGCUACAAACAUGCUGUUGCACUCUUCAUCUUAAAUUAACACAGGAGCCUCUUAUAGAAACAACAAAAUGAAUGCUGUUGAAUAUUUGAUUGCCAGGACUUCCGCGUUGUUUUUGCACACGUGCUUGAGGAAUAAGCCAUUUCAGCAGGCACUCCCUGCACCAGCAUGGCAGCGAGUGUACAAUUACAUAAUGGUUUAAAAAACAGGCUUCAUGAGGUCUGGAGAAUCCGGUUCUGCCAGCUGGCUUCAUCUCUCUCACUCAAGUCACUAAUGCAUGGAAGUGAUUUACUGAUUGCCUCAGGAGCUGCACAGACACUUGUUAUCUGGCGAUUUCUAGACAAGGAGAGUAUUUUUGGGCUAAAAAUGUUUGUUCAAUUGAUAAAUUCAUGAUUUAUUCAAAUACAGAAAAAACAUUUUCCAUGUGUUUAUUCUAAAUCUCUAUUAAAUAAGUUAUUUCUUAACAUUUUCCCUACAGUAUUUAGGUUUAAUUUAAUUAUUUACUACCACUUCCACAAAAGUUGUGCAAUAAUAAUCCUAACAUGUGAUACAAAAAAUGCACUCUAUUAAUUAAAAGAAGGGAAGAUUGUUGAAGUAAAAAACAAACAAAAAACUGUAAACAUCUGAUGUUGGAUAUGUUCACCUGUUUUAACAUACAGAGAAUGUCAUUCGUUUCUAGAAAAGGCUGCAUAAGAUAUUUCCCUUUCUGGAGUCUGCAGUACAUAGAAAUCCCAGUUGCUCCUGUGAGUCCACCUGUUUCAUAGCCAUGAGCGGUCCAUUGAUAAGAGUAAUGAAAAUCAUUUUUCUGUCAUUUGGAGACACAGCUGACCAAAGUAUAUCUUGUAUGGCAUCACUUAAUGUAAUGUUUUAAUCAUAAGCUUGAUUUGAAAGCCCAUUUUCAAAAUUGGCAUCCAUUAAAAGUUCUUAAAAGCCAAAAGAAAUAGGUUGUUAUUGUGAUGACAGUAAAAAAUCAGUCUGGCAGUAACAGCACGUGUCUGUAACUAGCUUUAUCUUUUCAAAGAGCACAUGAUUUGUUACAUGUGCAUACUAUUCAAUAGAAACAGGUUUGGCCCGACAGCCAAGGCACCACUGAUGAAUGUAAAUAACUUAUGAUGUUCAUGAGAUCUCAAUGCUCUUCUCUUUUUUUUUUACUUUUUGAAUGGUUAACAAAACACCUGACUGAAAUGUAUUCAAACUCUGAACCCUGGGACACGAUUCUCAGAUGAGGGCUAUCUACACGCUUUCAUAAAGCUACUGUUUCCAACACUAUUGUUUCUUUCACUCUCUGGGCAGAUCACGAAAUACUGCACAUUCUUCAACCUCUGUUUGUUCCUUCUGAUAUGUUGACAUACCUGUCAUAGAUACACUUAUGUAAAAAGAAAUAUCUACAUGUCUAUCAAAGCUUUCUUUUGAUACUGAAGGUCUUUGUCCUCUACUUGACUUGUAUCAGUUUAACACGAGUUGCACUUUUGAUUCAUUUUGUAGCAGUGUUUUUGGUCUGUGGUGGUGUAAUGUUGUUUUCUAUUUAAGAAAAAUGUUUAUUCAGGGUGUUUUGAGAAGGCUGUUGUUGUGGCUGCUGAAGCAUGUAGUCGUAUUAAAUAUUCAUACAUCAUCACUGCCAUGCUCAUUAAUGACUGAUGGAAUUUAAGUGUGGGUAAUCUCACCAGCACUGUGACCACUGAUGACCUCUGGUCAGGCUGAGCCAAACAAUGUAUUUUUUUUAAAAGUGGGGGAAUCAAGGAAUGUAGGCUUCUGGUUUUAUUUGAUACAGAACUGGUACAAUUUAUCCACUUGUGCACUUUGUUUGAGUCUAGCAGGAGAUGUUUCUUGCAUGUUAUUUUUUUUUCAGUUUUUCCAUUUUUCACUGUCACACCCUUAAUUAAUUAAAAAAAGAAUUGAUUUAUAAUUGUUCAAUUUCCUCAGAACUGAAAAACAUCACAAGUAUCCUUAAACAAAUGAUGAUAAAGACAUGUUAUCCUCUGAGUAUGAAACAUUAUCUUACAUCCUAGUGAUUCUUGUUUUCUGCAUUAGAACAGCUUGACUUAUGAAGAUAACAACUUAACUGUGAACGAUGUGAUUGUUGUUCUCUGCUGAAUGUUUUUAAAACUGUGAAUGUUGUUAAAUAACGCUGCUGGCCAUUACAGAGUGUGUGUAGGCUCUAUUGUUUGUCGACCUUGUGUAAUGUGUUUCCUGUAGGCCAAUAAAAAGAACAA